CUCAGAAUCGGAAGUGUUGUCGUCCAAAGAUGGCCGCCUCCAUGUUUAAACGCUGCCUGACUGCUGCUGUCAAAGUUAAACAUUUAUCAUCCUCUUUUCCUGCAAGAAGAUGGUUACUUUCCACAGCUUAUUCAGACACCAAAGCAUGGGAGGCCAGAGAGAAGGACCCUCAGAAUUUGGCUGUCCUGGCCAAUAACAUGGACAGAAUAUAUGAGAGGAAUCUCCCAGUCAGCUCUCUGACAAUGUCACAGUUUGUCGACAACAUAUCAUGCCGUGAGGAGAUUGACCAAGCAGAGUACUAUCUUUACAAGUUUCGGCACAGUCCAAAUUGUUGGUACCUUCGAGACUGGACCAUUCACAGCUGGAUCAGACAGUGUUUUAAACAUGGCGCCAGAGAUAAGGCUCUGCACACACUUAAAAACAAGGUCCAGUACGGAAUUUUCCCUGAUAAUUUCACCUUCAACCUGCUUAUAGAUUCUUACCUGAAAGAUGAGGACCUAAAAAGUGCAUGCUCUGUGGUGGAAGAGGUGAUGCUCCAGGAGUCCUUUGACCUUUCCUCCACCCAGAUCCUGUCGCUGUGUGCUCUUGGCAGUUACCUAGCAACUGCACCUCAACUCACUGUGUCAGAAGAGAGAGCAUUGGGAGCGUCAUUGCUUAUUUGUGGCCUCAAACAAGACAACAGCGUCGGCCUUGCUGCUCAGCUGCUGGGAAACACUCUGCUAGGCAAGGUGGAGAUGCAGAACGGCAUUCACGCUGCGUUCAAAGGCAUGCCUCUUCUCUGGACACGAGGCUAUCUGGGCCGAGCGCUGGCUGUCAUGGAGAACAUCACCGCAUCGCCCGGUGAUGUCAAACUGCCCAAAGACUCUUUGGAUUUUGUGAGUGAGGUGCUGCAACAACUGUCUUCAGUGUCUUCUGACUCGUCUGGAGAUGAGUCGGACAAGGAGGACGAGCAGAAACUGGAAACCGUUGAUGAAGAUGAUCAGGCGGAAAGAGAAAAACUGUCCAAAUAUGAGAGCAGAUUCAAGGAGUUGAUCAGUCAGCUGGAAGCUGGAGGAAAAGUCGACUCUGAGGUCACCUUCCGGUCACUGGUGACCAGUCUAGCCAAGCAGCAGCUCCCUUCUGCCGAGAGACUAGACCUGGAUCAGUACGAGAGUAUGCUGCCAACCUGGGAGGCUGAGAGGAGGCAGCUGAUCCAAAGGGAACAGGAGAUGUGGAAAAAGGCCGAGGAGGAGAAUCGGCAGCGUCUGAUUGCCAGGGCAGAACUCCAGCAGGCGCAAUAAGUUAUGUUAAUAAUAUGAAUAUGUGCAUUUUUAGCAUUUUUUGUGGGCUAAAAUUAAAACAAAAUGUAAUUAGUGGUGUCAAUUGUGUGACCCGUUUGUCAUAAGUAGGAAAAAAAAUGUUGGGAUCACAUCCUCCCAUUGCUUUUCCCGUGUGCUGGGGAGUUUUCUCACAGGGGUAAAGAAAAGGGUAUUGCACUGAAGAAUUUGCUGAUAACUAAUCUGCAAAAAGGGAGUUCUUCCCUUGCAUAGGGACUCAUUUAUGAGCGGUAAACACAGUGAACGCAUUAUAUGGUGUUGAUAACAUGCAUGAAUACACACAGGCGCACGAUGAAGCCAGAAAGGCGAUGCUACCCGUAUAAAACAUGAAGCGCUUGACUUGGUGACAGAAGCCUCAACUGCUUGGAUGUUGAAAGAUAAGAAAUCCUGUCGGGGGGGGCAACUCAACUUAGGUUGUGUUCAAAGACUCAGAAAUAAUGAUACAUCAUGUUGUCCUCUAAGACUUUUCCACAGUAGUAUGUUUUAAAACCACGGUUGCAUCAUCUGCUGAUUCACAUGGCCCUGGGCGGAGGGAAAAAGCUAAAUAAAUAGGAGAGAAAACGGAUGUUUUUAUCAGCUUGGAUACAGACCCUUGUGUGCUACCGUGAGACAUUCACUGCACCAGGAAAUUGUAUUGCCAGCUGAUAUUCCAGCUGGUUAGACAUAUUAACCAGGGAGCCAGCACUUUCUUAUCAAGACUUCAGCACUGUACAUCAUGUUCUGUCUCGUUUUGCUGAUUUUUGUUGUCAUGUAACUAAAGUGUUGAGGUCUAGCUGACCCCAUUGUGGCCACUGCAUAUUUCAUUUCUCAACAAGGUCAAUUGCUUCAUGUACUCCCUUUUUAAACCGAUUAGCAAUCAUG